AUGCAGAGACCACAGGAUCCAGAAUCAGGUGAAGAGGUACGCAAACGCCUAGUACAACAAAGUGAUGCUAAAUUCCACAUAAGGAACAAUAGACUUAGGUUUAUGGCCAUACUAUAUGUUUUGAUAUUUUUCUCAUUUGCAGCAUUACAAACAAUAGCAAUUGCAUUUUUCACAAGAGGAUUCCUACUAUCGAGACAAGUGCUUGAUAACCACUCAACUCUAACGGAUCCUAUAUUUUUGGAUCAAAGUGAUAAAUUACAAAACUUUGAUAAAGCGGUGGUGGUUAUAAUUGAUGCAUUAAGAUUUGAUUUCACGGUUCCUGACAGUGAGAAUGAGUUUUACUAUAGAAAUAAUUUUUUGACACCAUAUAAUUUGAAUCAAAAAUAUCCUCAAAAUUCGGUAUUGUUGAAAUUUAUAGCAGACCCUCCAACAACAACACUUCAAAGGCUAAAGGGGUUGACAACUGGAUCAUUACCAACCUUUGUUGAUGCAGGAUCAAACUUUGAUGGAGAUGUUAUACAUGAAGACAAUUUUAUCAAACAAUUAUACUCGAAUAAUAGAUCAAUUGCCUUUGUGGGUGAUGAUACGUGGGAAGCUGUUUUCAGUCCAUUCUUGAAUACCUCUUAUCCUUAUGACUCUUUAAAUGUCUGGGAUCUACAUACUGUUGAUAAUGGUGUUAUUGAACAUAUGAUACCUAUGCUUGAUGAUCAAAAAUCAAACAAAUGGGAUGUUUUGAUAGGGCAUACUUUAGGUGUUGAUCAUUGUGGUCAUAGAUAUGGGCCUUCCCAUUUUUCAAUGAGAGAUAAACAAAAACAAAUGGAUACUUUCAUAAACGAUAUCAUUGAUCGAAUUGAUGAUAAAACUUUAUUGGUCGUUAUGGGUGAUCAUGGUAUGGAUCGUACUGGUAAUCAUGGUGGUGAUUCUCUUGAUGAACUAGAAGCUGCACUUUGGUUGUAUUCCAAGAAGAAUUCAUUUCAUCAAUUAAAUGACAAAUCAGUAUAUGAUAUUUCAAAUGGUGGUAAAAAUUAUAGAUCCGUCAAUCAGAUUGAUCUUGUACCAACAUUCUCUUUAUUAAUGGGUUUACCAAUCCCUUUCAAUAACUUGGGUAAACCAAUUGAAGAAGCAUUUGACUCUAAGGACACAUUUAAACUAGCAAGCUAUUUGACAAUGGAACAAAUUCAGCGCUAUAGGUAUCACUCGACAUCACUGAAAGAUGAUGAACUUAUAAACAAUAAAUACAAAGAACUUAAAAACAUUUGGAAUCAAGGUGAUCCAAAAGGUAUAUUCGCUGAAAAGGUUUUAGAGUAUGAGUAUGAAUCUCUAGAAAGAUGUAAAGAUUUAUGGGCAAGAUUUGAUCUUUUAAGUAUCAGCAUAGGUAUCAUUUUGUUGGCAUUUUCACUUGUGUUAUUAGUUAUCUACUCAAAAUUAAUCCCUUCAGUUGUGAUAACUCAAUUAACGGAAGAAAUUGUUCCAGCUACAAUUGCAAUGGUCUGUAUUUUCACUGUCAUUUUUAUAGCCAUUUCAGUUAUUCUGAAACCAUCAUUUUUGAGUCUUUUGUGGUUUUCGUUACUUGGUGCUGCUAUUGGUAUUAUUUUUGGAUUCUUGAUCCCAAUUCUAGAUCGUUACUCAAUCAAAUGGUUAUUCACAUCACUACUAGAUAAGUUUAGUGGUCUAUGGUCUUUGAUAGCUAUAAGUUUUAUGGUUCUUCAUGCUGCUAUUUUUGGAUCAAACUCAUUCACUAUUUGGGAAGAUAAAAUAACCAGUUACUUUUUGAUUACUUUUGGUUUUCUAUCCGCUGUUAAAUCAUUAGAUGCUCAAAAGAAAGUCGAUAGGGUCAUGGGUGUUUAUCACUCAGUUCUAUUCAUGAUUACCACCAGAUUGGUCUCUUUGAGUACCAUAUGUCGUGAAGAACAAGGAUCCCAAUGUACCCCAACUUUCAAAUUAUCAUGGUGGAUGAUCUUAGCGUUGUUUGUCAAUGCAUUUUUCAUGCCAUCUUAUAUUAGAGCGUUUUACAACAUUACAUCAUCAUAUCAUAGCGCUGCUCCAUUAUGGAUUAACAUGUUCAAAGUUGUGCUAGUUAUGAUUACAGUUUACUGGUCAUUCGAAUACUUAGAAUUCAAUCAAGCAGAUUCCAGCUUUGAAUUUAUCAGAAAUUUGGAUCUUGAGUCCUUGCAUUUUGUCAAGUAUACAUUAGCGAGAAUCAUUGCUGGUAUUGCAUUAAUAGCUGCAAAUGUUGGUUGGUCAAGAGGACCAUUAUGUGUGAAGCUCGAAAUCAAGAAUACUGAAACUUCAUCAAGAGAAGCAUGUAUACUAGGAUACCAAAACGUUUAUGGAUCACAAUAUUUCCUUUUAGUUAUGAAUUUUACUGCUGCUAUCUUACUAUUCACCAAACCGUUAGGCCAAUUAUCAAUUUCGAUAUUGAUAUAUCAAAUCUUAUCCUUGUUUGAACUUGUGGACAUACUUGGUGUUAGAGCUAACCUGAUUUCUCCUGUUGUUUUAGGGCUAUUGGGUUAUUUACAUUUCUUCAGUACUGGUCAUCAAGCUACAAUUCCAUCAAUCCAUUGGGAAGUUGGUUUCACAUUAACUGAAAAGAUUACAUUUCCAUUCACUCAUUUGGCUAUUGUAUUAAAUACAUUUGGUCCAUUCAUCAUUGUUGCACUUUCAGUUUCCUUGAUUACUUUAUGGAAAAUCCCACCAUCACAGAAACCAAUUUCUCUAUAUUCAAGAAUAAUUGAAAAUUGUGGAACUCUAUUGAUAUAUGAAACUUUAGUCGCCUUGAGUGCAUUGAUUUUUGCAACUGUAUUCAGAAGACAUUUGAUGGUUUGGAAAAUUUUUGCUCCAAGAUUUAUGUUUGCAGGUUUGGUUCAAAUUGUUAUCAAUAUAGUUUUGGUAACUACUACUAUCGGUUUUAGUUGUGGAAGACUGAUUCUUCAAAUCAAUAGAAUCUUUGGAAAAUAA